AUGCCCGAAAAACGCAGAGUUCUCAUCGUCGGUGGUGGUUUCAGUGGCCUGUUUGCGGCUUCUGAGUUGGCCUCUCGUUUUGAGGUCACUCUCGUUGAUGCCAAGGAGUAUUUUGAAUAUACUCCUGGCGUUCUGCGAGCAUUUGUUCACCCUGGCCAUCACUACAGUCUCACAUUCAUUUACUCCUCGGUUUUGGAGGGGAAGAUGGGUUGCAAGUUCAUUUUUGGUGAAGUGAAGACGAUCAACGGCCUUCACAAGUACGCCUCAGUGAAGCCGAUGUUCUCUUGCAGCACGCAAGAAGUCUAUUUUGACUACUGCAUUAUAGCGUCAGGUUGCAAUUUUGGUGUCAUGAACAAAUGGGGCGCGUCCUUGUGGUUUCCAACUAUUCACGAGGAUGCACGCGAAGAGUCCCAUUGGAAGCAUCUGGAUGAGCGCUUCCUCUCGGGCCGUAGACUUCACAUCGUGGAGGAACAUGAGAAACUGAAAGAGCUUAACGAGCGCAGUGGCAGUGUCCUGGUCGUGGGUGGUGGCUUCAUCGGCGUUGAAUGGGUUACUGAACUACAACACUAUUUUCCUAACCUCAAGCUCCACAUAGUAGACUCUGGACCGAAAUGUUUGGGUCCACUUCCAGAACGUGCGGCCGAGUACUGUGAGGCUUAUAUGAGGGAUAGAGGCAUCAAGAUAUCUUAUG